GCGGGGCGCGGGCCGAUGCCGCGGCGGCGGGGCGGGCGGGAUGCAGCAGAAGCUGCUGCGGAGCGCGCACUACAUCGAGCUGGGCGGCUACCAGUACUGGCCCGUGAUGGUGCCCCGCGACAUCCGCCUGUACACGUACGAGCAGAUCCCCGUGUUCCUGAAGGACAACCCCUACAUCACCGACGGCUACCGCGCCUACCUGCCCUCCCGCCUCUGCCUCAAGAGCCUCUUCAUCCUCUCCAACGAGACCGUCAACAUCUGGAGCCACCUGCUCGGCUUCCUCCUGUUCUUCGCUCUGGGUGUCUAUGACAUGACGGCCGUCCUGCCGGCAGCAGGUGCCUCCCGAGAGGACUUCGUCAUCUGCUUCGUCUGCCUCUUCUGCUUCCAGGUCUGUAUGCUUUGUUCAGUGGGAUAUCAUCUCUUCUGUUGCCAUCGUUCAGAGAAGACCAGCCGGCGAUGGAUGGCCUUAGAUUAUGCGGGAAUUUCCAUUGCUAUCCUGGGCUGCUACGUAUCAGGCGUGUUUUACGCCUUUUACUGUAAUAACUACUGGCGUCAGGUAUACUUAAUCAUUAUGCUGGCAAUGAUCCUGGCAGUAUUUUUUGCUCAGAUUCAUCCCAGUUACCUCACACAACAGUGUCACAGACUGCGCUCCAUCAUCUUUUGCUCAGUGUCUGGCUAUGGAGUUAUUCCUACAGUCCACUGGGUUUGGCUCAACGGCGGAAUUGGUGCAUCUAUUGUACAGGAGUUUGCUCCGCGUGUACUUCUCAUGUACUUCAUCGCUGCUGUAGCUUUUCUCUUCUAUAUUUCCAAAGUUCCUGAAAGAUACUUCCCAGGACAGCUGAACUACCUCGGCUCCAGUCACCAAGUGUGGCAUAUCCUGGCAGUGGUCAUGUUGUACUGGUGGCAUCAGUCUGUAGUGUACAUCAUGCAGUACAGACACAGCAAGCCCUGUCCUGAGUAUAGCGUGGACUUGUGAAGGUAAAAGUUUUUGUACGCAUGGGAACAUGAUAUUUUAACAAGCGUAGGGUUAAGUAAUCUUGUUUUUAACACAUCACAAGGUGCAAUUAACCUUCCUCAUCUAAUUAGCUCCCCCAGAGAAAAUACUGAGUGGUGUAAUACUUUCUUGUACAUAAACAAGUAGUUAUCUUGAUACCCGGCACUCCACUAAUCUAUGCUGCUGCACUGCAGGAACCUCCAGGAGGCUGCAUUGCCCUCAGGCAGAGUUUUAGAGCAGGUUGGACAGAUGUUCGCCUGGUCCCUUCCAGCUCUGUUUGACAACUGCAGUAGUCUCAAGCAGUUAUCAGUAUUUGUUCCUACAUAGCAAGAGACUGCACGGCCUAGCCAUGGGCUAGGAAAACCUUGGGCAACCCUAUGAAAAGCUGUGUGACACACAAACCCCUACCGAACUACCAACUGUGCUACUCUGUCCUCUCAGUGAGGGCUGACCCUUCAUGGGCUUGAGCUUGCUCAGAGUGCUGGAGAGCCUGCCUAUCACCAAAGCGCUCCUGGAGGCUGGCAAGGUGCUGUUCAGUCCCACCAAAGCUGCCUCAAGUGGGCUUAACAAGCCCAACUCCCUCAGCCUUCCUCCCAAGGAAUGUGCCAAGGAGAUGUGGCCAAGAGCAGAGCAACAGACAUUUACCGUCAAGUAUUUGAUGACUUAUCAGGGAUGGAGAAGGCAGGACACUACCUUCCUUGCCGCUAGGCAGGAGAGCAGUGCUGUCACACAGUUCAGUGUUUCUUUCUCUCUCCUCCCAACACCAGAAACCAUAACUAGAGAGAACUCUGCAUUUAAAAUUCAAAUCCCAGACUUGUGAGCCUUCCUGUGUGAAUGUUUUUCUUUUUUUUUAAAAAAAAAAAAAACUUGACAGUGAAGCAAGUUUAAAGUGCACUAAUGAUUACUACUGAAGCCUGACAAGGAACCUGCAAAUAUAAAAGCCUGUUUCCAGUGUCAUGUGAACAAUAUUUGAAGAAUGUGUGAUUGUGUACUGAAAGCGUAAUUAUUUGUUUGUUUGCCUUUUUUUUUUUUUUUUUUUUUGUAAACUAACUACUGUAGCAGUUUUCACUGGAUAAGAAAACUGAUUGUGAAGUUGUACAUUUUUAUUACCCUGACAAAAUUCCAUCAAGCUGCAUGAUGGUCUUUUAUGUAAAUACUGAACCUGUAAAUAAAUACUGAACCUGUAAAAAAUAUGAGGAAGGGCUGAGAGACCUGUGUCUAUUCAGCCUGGAGAAAA